AAGUUUUGCUACGCUUUUCAUAGAUUAUGAACCCAUGGCUGUUUUCUCUGUUAAAAAUUAUAGUGAAAGGAAACUAUCGUUUCCUUGGGCUUGACCAAGACAUUCCCCUCGAUACCCAAAAUUGUUCUGAAGCUGACAGUGCGACCUUCUCAAAGUAAGCGCCUCACAAAGCCAAAGCUUUUUUUAUUUACAUAUCAACAUUUAAAGAAAUACGAAGUGUUUUGAAAAUGUAUGAGAGACUUUCCUCCUCGAAGGUGCAGAUACUGAGAAAGUAAAAGGUCUUACUGUUAAUUGGGCUCAGGUUUUUUCCAAAUCACGUGAGCAAACUUUUUUUCACUUGGAGCUCUAAAAAACAUUUUUUUGUUAUUCUUGUCAAGCAGUUGAAUCUUACAUCAAAGAUGGCCGCCAAACAUGAUUUGACGAUGCGAAUGAUUCCAUUCCUGGAUAGACAUCUUGUCUUUCCGUUGUUGGAUUUCUUGACUUUGAAGGAGGUCUACCCCACCGAAGAUCUGCUCAAAGCUAAGCACGAAUUAUUAUCUAACACCAACAUGGUUGAUUUCGUGCUCAAGCUGUACCAAGAAAUUCACAACACAGAGGAUGUCCCUAGAGAAUUCGCUGAGAAGAAAGAGAAGGUCCUUGCUCAACUCGAAGAAUUCCAAACCCAAACUCAGAAUAUCAUCGAAGUUAUUGAGAACCCUGAAGUCAUCGCUGCCCUUCGCCAGGACAAGUUGCAAAACCUUCACUUUUUGAAGGAAAACUACAACUUCACUGACAGUAUGGUGUUGACCUUGUACGAUUACGGUCAGCUUCAAUUCAACUGUGGUAACUAUGGUGGUGCUGCCGAUAUGCUCUACCAUUUCCGCGUUCUGUCUACCGAUAAUGAGCGCAACUUCUCCGCUCUUUGGGGAAAGCUCGCUGCUGAAAUUCUUACUGGUAACUGGGACGUUGCUUUGGAAGAGAUGCAAAAGCUGAGAGAAGCCAUCGAUCAAAAGAGCUUCAGCACCCCUCUUCAACAACUUCAACAACGCACUUGGUUGAUUCACUGGUCCCUUUUCGUUUUCUUCAACCACCCCAAGGGGCGCGACGGCAUCGUUGAUAUGUUGUUCUCUUCACAAUACAUCAAUACUAUCCAGACAUCCUGCCCAUGGAUCUUGCGUUACUUGACGACAGCAGUUGUCACCAACAAGCGUAGAAAGACAUAUAUUAAAGAGCUUGUCAAAAUCAUCCAACAAGAGUCAUAUGAAUACCAAGAUCCCAUCACUGAAUUCAUCGAAGCAUUAUAUGUUCACUUCGACUUUGAAGGUGCUCAGCAAAAGUUGAAGGAGUGCGAAGAAGUUUUGAGCAACGAUUUCUUCUUGGUUGCUGCCCGUGAAGACUUUAUGGAGAACGCACGACAGUUCAUCUCAGAAACAUAUUGCCGAAUUCAUCAAAAGAUUGACGUCAAGGAAUUGUCACAAACUUUGAACUUGACUCAAGAGGAAGGUGAAAAGUGGAUUGUCAACUUGAUCCGGGACACUCGAGUCGAUGCCAAGAUUGACUUUGAGGAGAACACUGUCAUUAUGAACACACCCAUCACUUCAGUAUAUCAACAGGUCAUUGAACGCACAAAGGGACUUUCAUUCAAAUCACAAGUCUUCGCAUCAGCCAUAGAGAAGCGAGAACUUGCUGCCGCUUCCGCUGCCACCACAGCUGAGGCAUUGUAAUUUUUUGUUUUUGUUCUUGUAUUCCGAGAUGUCAGCUUAUCAUACAAUCCCUAUUUUGGACCCCUUUUCUUCCUUUCAUCAUGCGCGCUUGCUUUUCUAAAAAUCAUUUUGAUGGGCUGGCGUGCUGUUUCCCAUGGCUCGAUAUAAAAAAUCAAUUCAUAAAAAAUAAACAACCAUGAAAUCUAUAUGUGCGCUG